AACUCAAACUCAGCUGACCAGAAAGACUGGAAUUUCAGCUCUCUUCCUUCAUUGGGAUAUUUUUCCUCCCCCUUCUCCUCAAAGCCCUUUAAACCAGAUUACCGGGUCACUGACUCUUACCUAGCUGGCCGGUGCCAAGGGCUAGUUGUUUGGCUCGGAAAGGAAAACCACUACCUGAUUAGAAAAGCACUUGGAAGGCACAUUAAUCUCACCAGCGUUGUCAGGAGAGAUCAGCGAGUUUUAUUAAAAGCCCUGGGAUUGCCUGAAAGGCCUCCUUGUCUGGAUCUGAAUGGAGGGGGCAUGUUAAGAUCACGGGGCAUGCUGUCAGGACCCCUUGCCCUGCCCCUUGGACUGCGAGCUGACACUCGCUGAGGAAGCAAGGAGACCUCUUUUGUUGAAGAGAUUGUGCCUGUGGACAGAAGAGAGGUGGCCCUGUCAGCAUGAACGCUCCAGGCUGGGGUGGGCCCAGAGCCCUGCUGCUCCUGCUGGUCCUGGAGUGGGCCAGCCCCACCUUUAUCACCGUGAACCGUGGGCUGAGGGUGAUGAAGGGCAGCUCUGCCUUCCUGUCCGGAGAUGACCUGAAGUUUGCCAUCUCCAGUGAGAAAGAUGCAUGCAAAGUGGAGGUUGUGAUGAAUGAGCCAAUAACCCAGAGGGUUGGGACACUCACUCCACAGGUCUUUGACUGCCAUUUCCUCCCCAAUGAAGUAAGGUAUACUCACAACGGCUGCCCGAUUCUUGAUGAAGACACUGUGAAGCUUAGGCUUUAUAGAUUUACUGAGACAGACACCUUCACAGAAACCUUUAUCCUGCGGGUCCAUCUCCUAGAACCAGACUGUAACAUCAUCCGUAUGAGUAGUGAUGCACUGGAGGUGUCUGAAUUCUAUGGCCUGUCCCAGGUCAUUGAGAAGAACUUGCUCAGAUUUGAUUAUGACAGGGUGACCAAUCUGGAGUGUACCAUCUGGCUGGAUCCUGUGAGAACUCGGCUGCCAGCCCAUGGCCAGAUGGUUGUGGUGGAGACUGGGACAGAAGGACCUCGUGGAGAUCAGCCACACAGUUUUUUUCCUGAGUCGCAACUGGGAACAGAACUGAAAUGUCCUGGUGGAAGAUGUGUCCUGGGAUUGAGGAAAAUAGGAAGUCUCAAAGUGAGCUGUGAGGAGUUCCUGCUGAUGGGGCUUCGUUAUCAACACACGCAACCCCCUUCACCCAACAUUGAUUAUAUCGCCAUCCAACUGGACCUUGUGGAUCGCAGGAGUAAAAUUGUGUACAAGGUACGAGGGCUGGAAGCCCUGGGCCUAGGACCCAACCUGAGGCUUAGUCACACCACACCUCCAAAAAGGACACCUCCUGCCCCCAACGAGUUAGAUUUGUCGUUCAUUACUUUGGUGGAGGUGGAGGUGUAUGACUUCUUCUUUGGGAGGAGUGCUCCCAUCACAGUCCACAUCUCCAUCAGAACAGCAGACACAAACGCCCCCCGGGUGUCCUGGAAUACAGGUCUGAGUCUCCUGGAAGGGCAGUCUCGGGCCAUCACUUGGGAACAGUUUCAGGUUGUUGACAAUGAUGACAUUGGUGCUGUCCAGUUGGUCACCGUUGACGGCCUACAUCAUGGACGGCUUACAGUAAGAGGGGGAAAAGGUUUCCUCUUCACUGUAGCUGACCUUCAAGCUGGAGUUGUUCGCUAUCAUCACGAUGACAGCGAUUCCACCAAAGACUUUGUGAUCUUCAGGAUAUUUGAUGGCCAUCACAGUACCCGUCACAAGUUUCCUAUCAACAUCUUGCCCAAAGAUGAUAGUCCGCCAUUCCUUAUAACCAAUGUUGUGGUUGAACUGGAGGAGGGGCAGACUGUCCUGAUCCAGGGGUCCAUGUUGAGAGCAUCAGACAUGGACUCCAGUGACGACUACAUCUUCUUUAAUAUCACAAAGCCUCCAGAGGCUGGAGAGAUCAUGAAGAAGCCAGGGCCAGGACUGAUAGGCUAUCCUGUCCCUGGCUUCCUUCAGAGGGACCUGUUUAAUGGAAUCAUUUACUAUCGUCACUUCGGUGGAGAAAUCUUUGAAGAUUCAUUUGAAUUUGUUCUGUGGGACAGUCACAAACCUCCAAAUCUCUCAGUGCCACAGGUGGUGAUGAUCCAUAUCACACCAGUGGGUGACCAGCUUCCAAAAGAGGCUCCUGGAGUUUCUCGGCAUUUGGUUGUUAAGGAAACGGAGGUGGCCUACAUAACAAAGAAGCAUCUACAUUUCCUGGAUACAGAAUCAUCUGAUGGAGAGUUGCUCUACACGAUAACGACUCCUCCAUUUUUCUCCUUUGGCCACAGACACUUGGAUGCUGGAAAGUUAUUCAUGGUGGACAGCAUACCAAAACUAACCAAAAACCCUGUAGCCCUGGGGCUGAGGUCAUUUACUCAGCAUGCUGUGAACCAUUUGAAAGUGGCCUACUUGCCACCCAUGCAAGAUAUAGGCCCCCACCUCCAACAUGUCCAGUUCACAGUUUCCGUCAGUAACCAACAUGGUGGCACUUUGCAUGGGAUCUGCUUUAACAUUACGAUUCUUCCAGUGGAUGAUCAAGUUCCUGAGGUGUUCACCACCCCUCUGAGAGUGGCUGAGGGAGGUCAAUGCAUCAUCAGUACAGAGAACAUUCUGGUUUCAGACAUGGAUACCCUGCUGGAAAAUAUCCACCUCUCUCUUCAGGAGAUGCCUCUGCAUGGAAGGGUAGAACUGAAUGGAUUUCCUCUAAACACAGGAAACACAUUUUCAUGGGGCGACCUCCAUACCUUAAAAGUUAGGUAUCAACAUGAUGGAUCUGAAGUUCUUCAGGAUGACAUACGCUUGGAGGUCACAGACGGCACAAAUUCAGCAGAAUUUGUUCUACAUGUUGAGGUAUUCCCUGUAAAUGAUGAGCCACCAAUCCUAAAAGAUGACCUCAUUCCCAUGAUGCACUGUUCAGAGGGAGAAGAGGUGGUCAUCACCCCCAAAUACAUUGGCGCAACUGAUGUGGACAGCGAUGACUUGAAGUUGAUGUUUAUGAUCGCUCAAAAACCUCGGCAUGGGGUGGUGAGGAAGGCUGGAAUCCAAGUGAACAGGUUCUCACAGGAAGACGUCAUCUCAGGGGCUGUGACAUAUAAACACAUAGGUGGUGAGAUUGGCUUGGUGCCUUGUUUUGACACCAUUAUCUUGGUGGUUUCGGAUGGAGAAGCUGGCCCUUUCAUGAAUGGCUGUUGCUACAAUGGACCGGAUCCAUCUGUUCCUCUUCAUGAGUCCUUCCCAAUGUACAAUCUCAACGUUACAGUGCAUCCAGUAGACAAUCAGCCACCUUCAGUUGCAAUAGGUACCAUGCUCAUGGUAGAUGAGGGCUUCUCAGCCACCCUCACCAUUAACCAUUUAUCUGCCACCGACCCUGACACUGCUGCAGAUGACUUGGAAUUUGUUUUGGUUUCUCCUCCCCAAUUUGGCUAUCUUGAAAACACACUCCCUUCUGCAGGUUUUGAGAAAAGCAAUGUGGGCAUAAGUAUAGCGUCGUUCCAGUGGAAAGACAUGAAGGCUUUGCACAUUAACUACGUUCAGUCCAAGCAUUUGCGGAUAGAACCAACUGCCGAUCGGUUUGUGGUAUACGUCACAGAUGGGAGGCAACGCUCCUUGGAGACACUAUUUUAUAUUACAAUCAACCCAACCAAUGAUGAAGUUCCUGACUUUCUAGUGCAGAAUAUUACUGUGUGUGAGGGUCAGGGGGUUGAACUGGACUCGUCCAUCAUCAGUGCUGCUGACUUGGAUGUUCCCAAGGACCCCUUACUGUUUAUUGUCACUCAGAAACCACGACAUGGCCUCCUCAUCAACUGGGCAUUCAGCAAAGACUCUCCAUCAAAUAGGCAGCCAGCCAACCCUGACCCAAAACAUGAACUUGUUCACAGCUUCUCCAUGGAACUUCUCAAGACUGGAAUGAGGCUGACAUAUGUGCAUGAUGACUCCGAGAGCCGAACUGAUGACUUUACAAUCCAGUUGUCAGAUGGGAAACACAAGAUUCUUCAAACCAUUUCAGUAGAGGUCACCCCAGUCAAUGAUGAGAAACCAAAGCUAAGCAAGAAGGCUGAAAUUAUCAUGAGUAUGGGUGAUACCCGGAUUCUGUCCAGUGCUGUUCUUUCAGCCACAGAUAAAGACUCACCCAGGGACAAGAUUUACUAUUUAUUUGAAAGGUUUCCCCAAAAUGGGCAACUUCAGCUUAAGAUAGGGAGGGAUUGGGUCCCUCUCUCAUCUGGUAUGAAAUGCACUCAGGAGGAUGUGGAUCUGAACUUACUGAGAUACACACACACCGGGGCAAUGGAUUCCCAGAAUCGAGAUAGCUUCACCUUCUACCUCUGGGAUGGGGACAACAGAUCACCCGCGUUCGACUGUCACAUCAUCAUCAAGGACAUGGGAAAAGGUGACCUUGUCAUUCUCACAAAACCACUCAUGGUGUCUAAAGGUGACAGAGGUUUCUUGACUACCACCACUCUCCUGGCUGUGGAUGGAACAGACAAGCCAGAGGAGCUGCUGUAUGUCAUCACCUCCCCACCACAAUAUGGCCAGGUGGAAUAUGUCCGCUAUCCUGGGGUCCCCAUUGCCAGCUUCAGUCAAAUGGACAUAGCAGGACAAACAGUCUGCUACGUACAUAAGAGCAAGUCAGCUGUCCAUAGUGACAGCUUCAGAUUUAUCAUCAGCAAUGGACUUUGGACCAAGCACGGGGUGUUUGAGAUCACAUUGGAGACCAUGGACAGAUCCUUGCCUGUGGUGACCAGGAACAAAGGACUGAGACUGACUGAAGGCACCAUGAGUCUGCUUUCCCCCGACCUCCUUCAGGUGACUGACCCUGACACACCUGCAGAGAACAUCACCUUCCUCCUGGGCCAGCUCCCACAGCAUGGCCAGCUCUAUCUGAGGGGGACAGUGCUGCUUAAACACAGCUUCACCCAGCAGGAUGUAGACAGUGGAAAGGUGGCCUACCACCACUCAGGAGGCAACUCCCAGAUGGACUGCUUUACUUUUGUGGUCACAGAUCGGAUGAACCAAGGCUUUGUUGUGGAUGGAAGAGUGCAGGAAGAGCCUGUUCCAUUCACCAUUCAGGUAGACCAGUUGGACAAAACAGCCCCUCGGCUCAUGUACUUGCAUUCCCCUUCUCAAGUGAGACGCCUGAAAAACGGCUGUUAUGGGAUUUACAUCACGUCUCGUGUGCUGAAGGCAUCUGACCCUGACACCCAGGAUGAUCAAAUUAUCUUUAAGAUUUUACGAGGCCCACUACAUGGCCAUCUGGAGAACACAACAACAGGUGAAUUUAUCCAUGAGAAAUUUAGCCAAAAGGACUUAAACAGUAAGACCAUUCUUUACAUCAUAAACCCAUCUUUGGAAGUAAAUUCAGAUACCAUGGAGUUUCAAAUCAUGGACCCCACAGGGAACUCUGCCACUCCUCAAAUUUUGGAGUUGAAGUGGUCUCAUAUUGAAUGGUCGCAGACCGAAUAUGAGGUCUGUGAGAAUGCAGGUGUGUUGCCUUUGGAAGUUACCAGAAGGGGAUAUUCCAUGGACUCAGCCUUUGUAGGUGUAAAGGUCAACCAAGUGUCGGCUACAAUUGGAAAAGAUUUCACUGUGACUGUAUCCAAACUGGUUCAGUUUGACCCAGGAAUGUCAACUAAAAUGUGGAAUAUAGCAAUUACCUAUGACGGAUUAGAGGAAGAUGAUGAGGUCUUUGAAGUAAUUCUGAACUCCCCUGUGAAUGCUGUUCUUGGCACAAAGACAAAAGCUGCAGUGAAAAUUUUGGACUCAAAAGGAGGAUGGUGCCGGCCUUCCUAUUCCUCCAACCAAAGCCAGCACAAUGCAUGGGAGAAGAGCAUUUGGCGCCUGCUGUCCCCAGGGUUGUCCUCACCCACCAGUGCUGGUUCCCCUCAUCUGGAAAGAAGACCCCCUCCAUCUUCCAAGCAGCUAGCUGUCACCAGGGGAGACACCCCACCAGGCUUUGAUUCUAUGGAUCUUUCUCAAAGGAAACUUAGGAGCCGUGGGAACGGCCUAGCAGUUCGUCCAUCCUCUGUCUAUAGAAAUGGAACAGAUAUCAUCUAUAAUUAUCAUGGGAUGAUUUCCUUAAAACUGGAAGAUGACAGUUUCCCCACUCGCAAAAGGAAGACCAAAGUGCCUGUCACUCGUCAGCCACAGAAGACAAUCAAGGUGGCAGAGCUGCCUCAAGCAGAUAAGGUGGAAUCCACAACUGACUCACACUUCCCCAGACAGGGACACUUGCCCUCAUUCCCAAGGAACUGCACUGCAGAGUUGAAUGGACUCUUCCAUUUUGAAGAAGGCAUCCAAAAGCUGUAUCAGUGCAAUGGCAUUGCCUGGAAAACCUGGAGUCCCCAAACCAAGGACAAGGAAGACCAAUCCUGCCCAGAUGGAUGGCACCUUCACUCAGGCUACUGUCAUACCUUGGUCACAGAGCAGAAAGGCACCUGGGCCAUGGCUACCCAAGCUUGCAGGGAACAACACCUGGGCAGCCUUGUCACUGUGUUCUCCAGUCAGCACAUGGACUGGCUCUGGGACUUGGGUGGAAGAAAGCCCUUUUGGAUAGGUUUGAAUGACCGAGAGCAUGGUGGCCACUGGGAGUGGGUCAGUGGUGAGCCUGUUGUCUUCACCAACUGGAGGAGAGGGCCUCCCAAAAACUCAAAGCCUGGAAGGAAUUGCAUUUUGGCUCAACAACGAGGGAAAUGGCAAACAAAGAACUGUCACAAGGGCAAAUCUCACCAUUUUGUGUGCUCCUGGAAACUCGAAAUUUAACCAACCACUUCUACAGGUGCUCACCUGAGAUUU